AUGUCUGCUCCAUUCCCCAUUGAGCCAAUUGCGCCGCCUCAGGUUCAUGAUCAUGCGACCGAGGAGAAGCCCCAGAUCCACCAGCGGGUCUGGGGUCUCGCGGCUCGGACAGACCCAACGGUCUCCUUCGAGGAGUUCCGCUACUGGGCCAAGAUCGAGCGCGCCGAGGAGAUCGAGGAAGAGCGCAAGUAUCGCCAGAUGCAGGGUCCCUGGUCCCUGAAGAAAAUGAUCAAAGGCCGCUUCUCCAAGGGUGUCCACCAUGAGAAGAAGAAGAUGGAGGAGCAGCAGCGCCAGCAGCAGCUGGCCGAGGUCUCGGAGAAAGGACCAACUGGCGUGAUCGAAUCCACCUACGAUACCAGCUCCAUGAGCUCGACCGAGGAGGAGUGGAAGACGGCGUCGCGUGCCUUGCGGACCGCCAGCUGGGGCUCGAUCUUCUUCCUGAUCACCACCGACAUCCUCGGCUGGUCCAGCUGUCCUUACGUCUUCUCCAGUGUCGGCUAUGGUCCCGGUAUCGCCCUGUACAUCAUCUUCGGUCUGGCCGCUGGUCUCAGUGGUUUCUUCCUGUGGAAGGUGUUCAUGACCCUCGAUUCGUCUCGCUAUCCCAUGUGCAGUUAUGGUGAUCUCUUCCUCCGCGUGUUUGGUCCCAAGACCCGGCAUGCCAUCAACGUCACCCAGUCCUUCCAGCAGUUCUGUUCCGUCAUGGUGUUGAUCUUGGGUAACGGCCAGAUCAUUUCCCAGCUGGCGGGACCCAAGCUGUGCUUCAUUGUUGCCAUGAUCAUUGCCAUGGUUGUGGGUAUCCUCUGCGGUAGUAUUCGAUCUCUCCAGCGCCUGGGUUGGCUGUGCAAUCUCUCCGUGUGGUUGAACAUUGUCAGCUUCAUCAUCAUCAUGGUCGCCUCUUCCAAAUUCGGCGUUGACUACACCUACAUCUUCAAUUCGACCCGCCUCAAGGAUAAGCUGCCCGUGAUGACUUUUGCUGGUCCACCUCCGGACAUGUACCAGCAGCAGUCUACUGGCUUCUCGGCACAGUUCAAUGCAGUUGAUUCCAUGGUUUAUGCGUACAGUGGUGCAAUUCUCUUCGUCGCUUUCAUGGCCGAGAUGCGCCACCCCAUGGACUUCUGGAAGGGCAUGAUCUGUGCCCAGGCCUUCAUCUGCUCUGUCUACAUCCUGUUCGGUGCUUAUGUCUACAGCAACUACGGCCAGUACUCCGGAUCGAACAUCUCGCAGGUCAUUGAGCCCUUGCAUUUGCAGGUAGUGGCCAAUGUGUUCAGUCUAUUAACCGGGUUUAUUGCAUGCAUUCUGUACUUCAAUGUUGGCAUGAAGACCGUCUACAUCGAGGUGUUCCAGGAGGUCCUGAACUUCCCUCCCAUUUCCUCGAGCAAGGGCCGCUGGAUGUGGUAUGCCCUUGGCCCCUGCUACUGGAUCAUUGCCUUCUGCGUCGCCGCGGCCGUGCCGAACCUGAACGGUAUCGUCAACUUCGUCGGUGGUCUGCUCGGCGUGAACUUCACCUACUCCCUUCCCGCCAUCCUCUUCCUCGGCUGGAUGAUUAAUGAUGGUGCCUCUCUGCCAGGCGAGGGCUUCGACCCUGCCACUGGGGUCUCCACCCAGCACGACCAUGGUCCCAAGCGCUGGAUGCGUGGAUACAUGGCUAAGUGGCACAUCAACACACUCGUUUUGAUCUACGCCCUUGCCUCCCUCGCCACCUCGGGCAUGGGUACUUGGGCCGCGGUUGAGGGUCUCAUCAGCAUCUUCGGACCUGGUGGAACUGUCGCUACUUCCUUCGGUUGUGCUUCGCCAGCUUAG